AUGGAAGACCCGUUCGAUCAAGUGCUCAGCGAUAGCCGUGAGCAGACCAAUCGAUUGAUACAAUACCUAGAGGCCGGCCACGAAAUAGACGAUGAAAUAAGGGACAUCGUGGCAGACUUGGACGAGUCCGUGCGGGAGCUGGACUCCAGCAUACUGGUGAUGAAGCGGGACGGUAACGUGGAAGAUGGACAGGUGGUGGUGCGGGAAACGCGGAUGCAAGAGCUGAAGCGAGACGUGGCCAAAUUGAAGAGGCAAGUGGCUCAGAGUGUCGCAGCUUCGAGCCCCCGCGCGCCGUGGUCGCUAGCGGGCGGCGACAACGAGGACGCCAGCGACGAGCACAAUUCUGAGCAAGACCAGUCCCAGGACCCCCGCAGCAACGUUUUGCAACAGGAAAUGCUGCAGGAACAGGACCAGCAUCUGAGCACGAUCCAACAGAGCAUGCAAAAUCUACACCUACAGGCGUCCACGAUGGGCCAGGAGCUCGAGGACCAGGGCAUGCUUCUGGACGAGAUGGACGGGAACAUGGACAGCGUCAUGGGCAAGCUGUCGCGCGGCAGGCGACAGCUGGAGUGGGUCUACGAGAAAAACAAGGAAAAAUACAACGACUGCUGCAUAGGGCUUUUGAUCGCCGCGCUUCUGGUUCUGCUCGUAUUGGCAUUUGUGCUGUAA